AUGCCUAUAAUUAAAAACAAGAAAAUAAAAGAAUUAGAGAUAGCAAAUCCAACGUCUUCGACAAGUUCUAUCGUUGCAGCCACCAUCGCAUCAAUACCAACGUUCACGGGGACCACAUCUAUAGAUAACAACAGUCAAGCAACUUAUGAUGAUGAAAGUGUCUUCCUCAUAAUUGGGUUAAUUGUUGGCGUCACAAUAAUUGGUUGUAUCCUCGCAUGUCUAUAUCGUCGAAGAAGGAUACAAAAAUUUAUGAUGAAUAGAUCGCUUCGGAAUACGAGUGUUGGCUCAAAAAUAGUGAUGCAUAAAACUGAUGAAAAAAGGUCACCAGGCACAAUCAAUAUAACUGAUCAUUUUAAAGAGGAUAUCGAAAUUGACGAUGGCCCACAGGAAGAGCCUUCAAAUAUUUCGCUAUUCAGUAACAUGAAACUUCCACCCACAACGGCCUUACCUCCAAUUCCGACGGAAGCACAACUUCCACACAGUAGAUCGACGUCUCUUACAAAAGCAGACAUUAAUGAUAGUAUGCGCGUAAAGAGCGUUAAAAGAACAAAAUCCUUGGAUCAAACUAUAAAUGGAUUGCCUAAAUUUAACUAUCCGCCACUUCCGAGACACGCACUAACUCCUCCCGCCUCAUUUCGAAUAAGAAAUGCCACGAAUGCAUCCUCUACUUCCAUCUCAUCCUUGAAUGGAAAUAAUGUUAUUUUCGUACCGCCACCUCCCACGAGACUUAGAGAUGCCGACGAUUUAUUACCGUCUCCAACAUCUUCAUCGACGACUUCACGAAAAUCUUCAGAGAAUCAUAGUCAAAAACCAUCACAAACCUCAACCACUUACGAGAGUAACAUUAAUAAUGAUAAAAAUGGAAAGGCUACAAGAAAGAGGAACGAAGACACCAAUUAUACAAUUGAUAGAAAUCACUUUGUAUCAUUGCCAAAGGUUGAAACGAUUAACAAAAAUUUAAGUAUUAAUUUUGAACAAUUGAGUAUCUUCAAGGAUGAAGUCACUCUAAAUAAAGUUAAUACUAAUGGUGUCGGCGAAAGGGAUGACCUUAACAACGGAGUAAAUAAAUUGUCAAAACUGGGAGAUAAUAAUACGACGAAAGAAGGGGACAAAAAUGUUGAGGUCUUAGUCAUUAAUAAUGGCACUGGGAAAUUAUAUAAUGAAUACAUAUAA